CUCGGUGCGCUAUUCACAGCCAUCUUUAGUCGUACCUCACAAUACACUCUUUCCUCAUCACUUAACAUCCUGUCCACAUCAAUCAAGAUGCAGUACACCAUCUUCACAGUGCUGGCAACAGUCGCCCCCAUUAUCUCAGCACAAAACUCCGCCUUCUCAACCAGCUACGGCAGCUCAGUUACCAUCUCCGCCAGCCAGGCUCCCAUCGGCGCCGUAGUUCCCGUCGGCGGAGACUGCGUCCCCGGCGGCACCAUGUGCGCGCUGGGCUCGCAAUGCUACGCAACAAACUCAAUGCUGCAGCCCCGCUGCGGCAACUUCCAGGCCGCCUGCACCAGCGACCAGCAAUGCGCCUUCAACACAUGUAACCUGCAGCAGGGCCUCUGCAACGGCUUCCUGUCGUCCUCGUCCGCUCCGGCCACGCCCUCCAUCACAAGCACCCCCACCGGCGGCUUCAUGCCGGCGCCCUCGUCCACCGUCACCGCGGCGCCCGGCUCCCUCGCGCUCGGCGCUGAGUGCAACCCCUAUGUGACCCCCAGCCAGUGCGUAGCUGGCGUGCAGUGCUGGGCCAGCAACGCCGGGCUGAUUGCCAGGUGCGGUAACUUCAAUGCGGCGUGCACGUCCAACUCGCAGUGCGCGUACAACUCGUGCAACAACGGGCUUUGCAACGGCUUUCUUGCGUCGUCGAGCGCGGGUAACUCUACCAUGACCGCCUCGUCGGCGAGUAUGAGGUCCAGUGCGUCUGCGUCUGGCGGUGCGUCUGCGUCCGGAGGUGCGUCUGGAAGUGCGACCAGGAGUGCGAGCGGCAGCGCGUCCCGCACCAGCAGCUUGUCUCAAUUCACUGGUGCUGCGGCUGUUGCGACCAUGGUACCCGAGGUGAUGGCGAUGGUCUUAGGUGUCGCUGCGUGGGCUUUGUAGGCUUGUCUGACGGUGAUGGGAACGUAGAUGGAUUGGGUUGAGCAUUGGACCGGUAGCAUGGC